GCAACUGAAUUGACAUCAAACUAUCUCUAGUGCCUACAGCAGCAGCAACCAUUUGCAGUGAAACCAAUUCAACUAAACUGAAAACCGUCAAUAUGAAGACAAUCGUACUUUUCGCUGCUGUCCUUUGCGUUUUCUGCCUGUUCCAAGGCAUCAAAGCAGCUCCCGCUGAUACAGCUGCUCUGGAGGCCGAUGACGCACAAUUGGCUGUGCUAAAGGAGGAGCGUACAGUGGAGUCAAGUCGUCAAAAACGCGCCACUUGUGAUCUGUUGAGCGGAACCGGUGUGAAUCACAGCGCUUGUGCGGCCCACUGCAUACUCCGUGGCAACCGUGGUGGUUAUUGUAAUGGUAGCGGUGUCUGCGUCUGCCGCAACUGAGGGGAUUCACUACAGUGAUAAAUGAAACCAAUUCAUAUUGUUUAAAAAUUUAAAGAAUAUUUUUUUUUUUUCAAAAAUGUAUUUUUCUGAUUCAA